GAGAGAGGAAGCCGGAGCAGGGGAUGUUCCUGUCAGAGAUGGGUACAGAAUCAUAGAGGAUGGGCUGUGUGCAAUGCAAGGACAAAGAGGCUGCUAAGUUAACAGAGGACCGGGACACCAGCUUGUCUCAGAGCGGAGCAGGUUAUCGAUAUGGUGUCGACCCCACGCCACAGCAUUACCCCAGCUUCAGUGGGGUCACUGGGGUCGCUGCCAUUCCCAACUACAACAACUUCCAUGCCACUGGGGUCACGCAGGGGGUGACUGUCUUCGGAGGGGUCAACACAGCAACACACCAAGGCACGCUGCGCUCGCGAGGAGGCACAGGUGUGACUCUAUUUGUUGCUCUCUACGAUUAUGAGGCUCGUACUGAAGAUGAUCUCAGCUUCAGGAAAGGGGAGAAGUUUCAAAUCAUCAAUAGCACUGAGGGUGAUUGGUGGGACGCCCGCUCUCUCACUACAGGAGGAACCGGCUACAUUCCCAGCAAUUACGUCGCCCCGGUGGACUCAAUCCAGGCUGAAGACUGGUAUUUUGGAAAGUUGGGGCGUAAAGAUGCAGAGAGACAGCUUCUUUCAACAGGGAACCCGCGUGGAACCUACCUGAUCCGUGAGAGCGAAACCACGAAAGGUGCCUUCUCUUUGUCUAUCCGGGACUGGGACGAUGUGAAGGGGGACCACGUGAAACAUUAUAAAAUCCGUAAACUGGACAGUGGAGGAUAUUACAUCACCACUAGAGCUCAGUUUGAGACCCUUCAACAGCUGGUCCAGCAUUACACAGAGCGGGCAGCAGGGCUUUGCUGUCGCUUGGUCGUCCCUUGCCACAAAGGGAUGCCGAGGCUCACUGACCUGUCUGUCAAAACCAAAGAUGUGUGGGAGAUUCCUCGGGAGUCACUGCAGCUCAUAAAGCGCUUGGGCAACGGCCAGUUCGGGGAGGUUUGGAUGGGCACAUGGAAUGGCAACACUAAAGUGGCUGUGAAGACCCUCAAGCCCGGGACCAUGUCUCCAGAGUCCUUCCUGGAGGAAGCGCAGAUCAUGAAGAAAUUACGACACGAUAAACUAGUGCAGCUCUAUGCUGUGGUUUCUGAGGAGCCCAUUUACAUUGUCACUGAGUACAUGGGCAAAGGAAGCCUCCUAGAUUUCCUCAAGGACGGGGAGGGACGGGCACUGAAACUGCCGAACCUCGUCGACAUGGCGGCCCAGGUGGCUGGAGGCAUGGCCUACAUCGAGCGGAUGAACUACAUUCACAGAGAUCUGCGCUCCGCUAACAUUCUAGUCGGCGAUAACCUUGUGUGUAAAAUCGCUGACUUUGGCCUGGCCAGACUCAUUGAAGACAAUGAGUACACAGCCCGACAAGGGGCUAAAUUCCCUAUCAAGUGGACGGCUCCUGAGGCAGCUCUGUAUGGGAAGUUCACCAUUAAAUCCGAUGUUUGGUCUUUUGGAAUCCUGCUUACGGAGCUGGUCACCAAAGGCAGAGUUCCAUAUCCAGGGAUGAACAACAGGGAGGUACUAGAACAAGUGGAGCGUGGCUACCGGAUGCCGAGUCCCCAGGACUGUCCAAGUUCUCUACACGAGCUGAUGGUUCAGUGCUGGAAGAAAGACGCAGAAGAGCGGCCCACUUUUGAGUACCUGCAGGCCUUCCUCGAAGAUUACUUCACGGCGACCGAACCUCAAUAUCAGCCCGGAGACAACCUCUAAACCCAGCCUCCUGGACUCACCCUGAUCUUCUCCUCCCUGGGGCCAUUUCUAGUCCCCUGUAAACCCCUACGGCCUCAUGCCCUAGUCGACUGAAGACUGAACAAUUUGCACAGACUUGAGGGGUGUAUACAAGAGCAAGCUGGGGAGGUAAACAGAGGGGAUUGUGGGUAAAGUUGGGGGAUGUGGAAAUGAUUUUGUUCAGGGUUGUGGCCAUAACCAUUAUAAUGAAAUGAUGCCUGUAUUCAGUGUAAAUACAAGAUGCUUGUUUAUGGUUUAUUUUGUUCGGUUUGUUUUCAUUCAUGUUUUUUUUUUUUUUUUUUUUUUCAUCCCCGCUCGUCUUUUUGUUUUGCUUUGCAAAAUAGCAAUUAUGGUCUCGACGAGGAACCCGUUCUUUGCGAAGGGUAAACCAGACAACUAUGAAGGGUUUGGCUGGGUGCCAAUGCAUAGAACGAAUCUCUAUGUCUGCGUGUUAUAUUUGAGAUUUGAGAAUGUAUGUGCUUUAUUCGUCCUCUCCUCUGCUGAUGAAAUCCUGUUCCAGAAGAAGGAAUAAAUCCAAGUGUCUUUCUUAUUCUAGUGGUUUUAAAAUCUCAAACUGCAAGGGAAAUUGAUUCCUUACAUUUGAUUUAAUAAUUUUUACUAAAAUGAUUUAACAUUUUGUUAAUCUCUGAGAAUUGUGUCCUCUCCAAAGUAUUAGAUGUUAAUCUAAAAAGAAUAUUUUACACAUAAUGCACAUUACAGUUUUGUGUUUUCUACCAAAUGUUUAAGACUGCCAUACUGUAUAUCAGCAUAUGUUAAGUUUCCUCGCUCCCGAGUAUUUUGGGGUGUUCAAGUAUGGAUGUUUUUUUCUAUGGUGGAUGAGAAAUGGUUA